GAGGAAGGAAGAGCUACGAGGCACUUGGUGGAAGGGGCCCUCUCUCCGGCCCUCCUUUCAGAGCGCACGGCUGGACUUGAAUGGAAGGAGCCCGCGCCAGCGGAGCGCAGCCGAGACUCGGGAGAGCGCGGUCGGCCGGCGGGGCGCGGCGCGGCGCGGGGGCGCAGCAGGCACCAUGGUCCGGAGCAGGGCGCUGCUGCUCCUGCUACUGUUGCCGCUGCAGCUGCAGCUGGGACCGGGGCUCACCGUGAGGGCCCCAGUGUCUGGCCGAAGUGGAGCCCACAGCCUGAGCCCUGAAGAGAAUGAAUUCGUGGAGGAGGAGCCGGUGCUGGUCCUGAGCCCUGAGGAGCCGGGGCGCGGCCCGCCCACCAUCGACUGCCCCCGAGACUGUGCCUGCUCCCAGGAGGGGGUCGUGGACUGCGGUGGCAUCGACCUGCGCGAGUUCCCGGGGGACCUGCCUGAGCACACCAACCACCUGUCCCUGCAGAACAACCAGCUGGAGAAGAUCUACCCCAGGGAGCUCUCCCGGCUGAAUCGGCUGGAGACUCUGAACCUCCAGAACAACCGCCUGACUUCCCGAGGGCUCCCGGAGGAGGCAUUUGAGCAUCUGACCAACCUCAAUUACCUGUACCUGGCCAAUAACAAGCUGACCUUGGCACCCCGGUUCCUGCCAAACGCCCUGAUCAGUGUGGACUUUGCCGCCAACUAUCUCACCAAGAUCUACGGGCUCACCUUUGGCCAGAAGCCAAACUUGAGGUCUGUGUACCUGCACAACAACAAGCUGGCGGAUGCUGGGCUGCCGGACAACAUGUUCAAUGGCUCCAGCAACGUGGAGAUCCUCAUCCUGUCCAGCAACUUCCUGCGCCACGUGCCCAAGCACCUGCCACCUGCCCUCUACAAGCUGCACCUCAAGAACAACAAGCUGGAGAAGAUCCCACCAGGGGCCUUCAGUGAGCUGAGCAACCUGCGUGAGCUGUACCUGCAGAACAACUACCUGACUGAUAAGGGCCUGGACAACGAGACCUUCUGGAAGCUCUCCAGCCUGGAGUACCUGGAUCUGUCCAGCAACAACCUGUCGCGGGUCCCGGCUGGGCUGCCGCGCAGCCUGGUGCUGCUGCACCUGGAGAAGAAUGCCAUCCGGAGCGUGGACGCAGACGUGCUGAGCCCCAUCCGCAGCCUCGAGUACCUGCUGCUGCACAGCAACCAGCUGCGCGCGCAGGGCAUCCACCCGCGGGCCUUCCAGGGCCUCAAACGGCUGCACACGGUGCACCUGUACAACAACGCGCUGGAGCGCGUGCCCAGCGGCCUGCCCCGCCGCGUGCGCACCCUCAUGAUCCUGCACAACCAGAUCACCGGCAUCGGCCGCGACGACUUCGCCACCACCUACUUCCUGGAGGAGCUCAACCUCAGCUACAACCGCAUCACCAGCCCGAAGGUGCACCGCGAUGCCUUCCGCAAGCUGCGCCUGCUGCGCUCCCUGGACCUGUCAGGCAACCGGCUGCGCACGCUACCGCCCGGGCUGCCGCGCAACGUGCACGUGCUGAAGAUCAAGCGCAAUGAGCUGGCCGCCCUGGCGCGCGGGGCGCUGGCCGGCAUGGCCCAGCUGCGGGAGCUCUACCUCACGGGCAACAGGCUGCGCAGCCGGGCCCUGGCCCCCCGUGCCUGGGCCGACCUCGCUGGUCUGCAGCUGCUCGACAUCGCCGGGAAUCAGCUCACGGAUAUCCCCGAGAGGCUCCCCGAGUCGCUCGAGUACCUGUACCUGCAGAACAACAAGAUUAGUACUGUGCCCGCCAAUGCCUUUGACUCCACACCCAACCUCAAAGGGAUCUUUCUCAGGUUUAACAAGCUGGCCGUGGGCUCUGUGGUGGAAAGUGCCUUCCGGAGGCUGAAGCACCUGCAGGUCUUGGACAUAGAAGGCAACCAUGAGUAUGGUGACGUUUCCAAGGACCGGGGCCGGUUGGAAGAGGAAGAGGAGGAGGACAAGGACGAGGAGGACGAGGAGGAAGAGGAAAGGUGGUAGUGACAGGGUAACCGGAUCUGAUGUAGGAUGACGGACCGCUGGAGCCUUUCUGCAGCACGUGCCUGAGCCUUGUGCGUCCCCACUCUGCCUCUCUCACAGACACACCCAGCACAGCACCUGCCGGGCCCCCGCUCCGCACACAGGCUGGACCCAGUCUCCCACACCCACCCCUUCCUGCAGCUCAUCCGCAGCCAGACACAUGCAGACACCACACCCACACACACCACACGGCUGCACAUCAUCCUUCAAAUGCCCCACUCGCCCCACACCCGACACCGCCAUCACCCCCUGAGUCCUGCAGACUCGAUGAAGGGUCUGACCUGCCCUGGCACUCAUGGGUGCCUGUUUCCUGCCCCGUGGACACACAUGUACAUACACACACAUACACGAGUCACAUGCAAACAGCCCUCCUUGGCCUAUGCCGCCAAGAGCUCUUGCCCCAGCCAGAAAUGGCCAGAGCAGCUUGCUGUCUGACUGUCUGCCCGUCCGUCUGUCCCUUGCGGAAGAUACAGAGUUACCUCCAUCCUCUCUGCGGCCAGGUGCCUGCACCCUCUGGAAUUCACAAAAGCUGGCUUUUGUUCCUUUCCCUGCAUUUGGGGACAGGAACCUUCAGGACUGCUGCCCUGGCCCGCCCACCCUGCUCCCCACCACUGGGGCCGGCACUCCCCGCCAGGCCCUGGCCGGCUGCAGGCACAUCUUUGAUGGGCCAGCCCCCCUGAGGCCAGAGGGAAGGUCUGGGGCCGCUAGGGCCCUUGGGCUGGAACUAGGCGGAGGCCAUGGGGCUGGGCAGAACAAGAGCGAAGGGCCCAGCUGCACCGAUGAGAGAACUUUUUUAUUCUUUGGGCCUGAGGGGAGUUCUGGGUGCCUUUGGUUUUUUUUAUUCUUUUUUAAGGAAAAAAAAAAAAAUGAUAAAAACUUCAAAGCAGAUUUUUCUUGUUACAGAAAAACUAAUAUAAAAGCAUUACCCCAG